ACGGAUAAAUCAGUUACAUCUUGUUCUUACUACUAAUGAGUAGAGGACUUCGCCCCAGCUUGACGAAUCUCAUCCCUGCACACCAGUCCAGGGAAAGCUUAUAUCUAAAGUGAUAGUGAUCCAUCUCCUUUGACUUGAAUCUCUCUUUUUUGGCUACAUUUGACCUUGUUAGCUAGUUUUGCAAAAAUGGGAGAGGAGAAUUGUUGGGAGAGAGAGGUAGUGAUAACUGAGCUAACCAAGGGGAGGGAAUUGAUGUGUCAGCUGCAAAAGCACUUUGAUCCCAUGAAAAAGGAUGUAUGCCAGUAUUUAUCUGUGGAAAUACUUUCUUCCUAUGAUAAAGCUCUGUCGCUCUUAAAUGGCACAGCUUUAUCAGGGAUGAACAAAGGUAAACAGAUUAGUAAUCCAGCACCAUCUUCAUCAACUGGCAAGCUGGAAUCUCUGCAUCUUUUGGCUGAUGCUAGCGCAAAGAGUUCUGACCGUCCCUGCAACUCCAGGAAGAGGAAGAUGGUGUCGCGAAGGACAGAAUACGUACAUGCUCGAUCUGGAGAAGAGGUUCCACCUGAGGAUGGAUACAGUUGGAGGAAAUAUGGACACAAAUAUAUUUUAGGGGCAAAACAUCCCAGAGAAUAUUAUCGAUGUGCUCGUCGUCGUUUAUCUAGUUGUACUGCUACUAAGAUGGUCCAGAGAAGUGAGACAGAGGCAUCAGUUUUUGAAGUUAUCUAUGGAGGAAGUCACAGUUGUGGUCAAGAAAGCAAACUGCAGCAAAAUGGAGAAUUAGUUGCUGCGCUAACAAAAGAAACACAAUGUGAUGAAGUUGGAAGAAGAGGGGAAAUAUCUGAAUCCUUCUUCCCUGAGAUGGUUUCAACCCCAAAUACUUCAUUCAAUAAUUCCUCAACAGGGAUAGUAAACUCCAAUUCAAUCCUCAACAUGACCAAUUCUGAUUUCAUGACAACACCAACUUCAGCACAUGCAGAGGGAAAUUCCUCAGCUGAGGAUCUUUGGACUACAUUUUUUUCUUCCUUGAAAUGAGAUUGAUAGUCAAAGUAACUAUCUAGAUAAAAGCUUCUUUUAGGAGGACUUGCAGGGCUCUUUUUUAAUGACGGUGGUAUCCGAGCCAUCUUGCUUGCACUUCGACCAAUUCCACAAAGAACCUGCUACCUCUCAUCAGCACAGGUAUCGAGUAACUUUAUCCACCAAGACUUGGACAGAUGAGAAGAGAUCACCUAGUAUUUUUUGCCUCUCUUGGAUUUGGAGUUGCAGGGCUUUAUUCUAUCAAUAUAUUGAUAAUUAUUGAUGAAUUUACUAUGUGAAUAAAGGAUACUGUAAGAGUAUGAGCAUAUUAUAAGAAAAGUAUCAUUCUUUUUUUAAAAGAUAGAAAAGAAAAGAAAAGAGUUGUCAUAUAAAAUGAAAAAUAGUGGGAGUAAUAGUUCAAGCAUUUGAAACAUCAGCAAUUAGUAGCAGUACAGUAUCAUACAUGUCACUAAUGUAAUGCUAGUUUUUGAUAUCAAAUACAUCAUUUUAUGUUUAUAGGGCU